AUGUCCCUUGUUUCCAAACUUCCAUUCGCCGAUCCUCUAUGGCUCAACCGCACCUAUAGUCCGUACUACAGCGUGACCCACCGGCGCCUACAGGCAGAGGUCCGCGAGUAUGUUGACACGCACAUUGCGCCCUUCUGUGAGGACUGGGAGAAGCAAGGAUUCGUCCCACUCGAGGCACAGAAACGCCAUGCCACGCUCGGCUACACGGCUGUAGCGACUUUCCCUUUGGCCGCGGACUAUUUGAACGGCCAGCGUCUCCCCGGAGACAUUGAUUCUCGUGCAUGGGACGGGUUUCACGAUCCGAUCGUCAUCGAUGAAUUGGCUCGUUGCGGAUAUCUUGGGAUUGUCUGGGCGCUGGGGUGCGGGAAUUCCAUCGGCGGACCCCCCGUCAUUAAUUUUGGCAAUAAGGAGCAGAAACAAAGACUACUGCCGCCCAUGUUGACAGGCAAAGUGAGGUUCUGUUUGGGAGUGAGGGAGCCAGCCGCCGGCUCUGAUGUUGCAGGAAUUACAACCACUGCCGAACGACGGGGCAACGUGUACAUCGUCGAUGGCGCAAAGAAAUGGAUCACGAACGGCAUCUCCGCAGACUAUUGCACGGCGGCCGUCCGGACGGGAGGAGAGGGUAUCCAGGGCAUCUCAGCGCUGGUGAUUCCACUCAACUCACCCGGAGUGACAUGCAAGAAGAUGGAGAACUCUGGCGUCCAUGCUAGCGGAUCAACGUACAUCGAGCUUGAUCAGGUGGAAGUUCCGGUGGCCAACCUGCUGGGAGAAGAAAACAAGGGAUUCCCAAUUAUCAUGAGCAGUAUGUCUCUACAGCACGCACUGAGCCGUGGAACAUUUGGCAAGAAACUGAUCGAAAAUCAGGUCAUUCGAUCGAAAUUUAGCAGUAUGGCCCGUAGUCUCGACUCGGCGUAUGCAUGGAUGGAACAGUUAGUCUACAUCUCCGAGAUGGGCAAGAAGCACGGCGCCGACCCAGCAAUGGGAGGCCUGUUUGCGAACCUGAAAGUGCUUGCGGGAAAGUCUUUGGAAAUGGUGAACAGAGAAGCACAACAAGUCAUGGUCGGACUGGGGUACUCUAAGAGUGGCAGAGGGGCGAGAGUGGAGCAGAUUAGCCGCGAUGUCAGAGUGAUGGUCGUCGGUGGUGGAAGUGAAGAGAUUCUGUCGGAUUUGGCUGUGGAUCAGGAAAUGAAGGCUAUGGCGCGAGUACAGGGGAGUAAAUUAUAG